UUAUUAAUAAUGAACAGCAAAAGAAUUAUAAUCUAUAUGACACCCUGUAAAAUUUGCCGCCUAUCAGCUGUUUUUUGUUACUUGUUUAUUCUGUUUUGCUAUGCCAAAAAAAAAAAACAAUUUCGUUAGCCAGUUCUUUUUAUCUUCGUCGACUACACACGUGCAGUUCUGUGUUUGUUAGUAUUUGACUAAUUGCUUAAAACAAUUAGAAAGUAUUUGAAAAAUGUCUGCAAACGAAGUCGUAACGGAGGGAGUUGAAGCUCUAACGCUGACUAAUGGCAAAGACGGAUCUGGGGACGAUAUGGUAGCUACUGGAGUUGAAGUUGUGGUGCAAGAUGAUGACAUAGUUAAUCCAUGGAGUGUAACCAGUUCGACUGAUGCUGGUGUCGAUUAUGAUAAACUUAUAAAGCGAUUUGGGUCUAGCAAAAUCGACGAAGAAUUGAUUGCACGUUUCGAAAAGAUAACAGGCAAGCCAGCACAUCAUUUUAUCAAGCGUGGCAUUUUUUUUUCGCAUAGAGAUUUGCACUCAAUUCUAACACUUAAAGAACAGGGCAAACCUUUUUAUAUGUAUACGGGACGAGGGCCAAGUUCUGAAUCACUACAUUUAGGUCAUUUGAUACCAUUUAUUAUGAGCAAAUGGUUGCAAGAAACAUUCGAUGUUCCUUUAGUUAUUCAAUUAACUGAUGACGAAAAGACUUUGUGGAAAGAUCUGACAGUGGAGGCCGCUAUAAAAUUAUCGCGCGAAAACGCUAAAGAUAUUAUUGCUAUGGGUUUUGAUCUUGAUAAAACCUUUAUAUUCAAUAAUUUAAAUUUCAUGGGAUCAUGUCCAGCGCUUUAUCAAAAUGUUAUACGUGUACAGAAGUGUGUGACUUUCAAUCAAGUUAAAGGAAUAUUUGGUUUUGGCGAUUCUGAUAUUAUUGGUAAAAUUGGAUUUCCAGCAGUACAAGCCGCACCAGCAUUAUCCAGCACAUUCCCAUUUAUUUUUGGAAAAAAUAAAGUGCAUUGCCUUAUACCAUGCGCCAUUGAUCAGGAUCCAUAUUUUCGUAUGACGCGUGAUGUUGCACCACGACUCGGUUACCCAAAAUGUGCACUGUUGCAUUCGAGUUUCUUCCCAGCACUACAAGGUGCUAAGUCGAAAAUGUCUGGCAGUGAACAAAAUUCCGCUAUAUUCUUGAUAGACACACCAAAACAAAUCAAGAAUAAAAUUAAUAAGUACGCAUUCUCUGGUGGUCGUACUACUAUUGAAGAGCAUCGUACUUAUGGUGGUAAUCCUGAUAUUGAUGUUGCGUUCCAAUUACUUAAAUUCUUUUUGGAAGAUGACGUUCAAUUGGAGCAAGUACGUGUUUCUUAUAGUAAAGGUGAACUGUUGACGGGAGAAUUGAAGAAACUAGCGAUUGAGACUAUAACACCGAUUGUGGAAAGACAUCAAGCAGCUAGAAAAUUGGUGACUGAAGAAUUAGUAGAUAAAUAUAUGGAAAUACGCCCCUUAAAAUUUGCAAAAUAAUAUACUUAUAUAUUUGUCUUAAAACAGUUGCUAUUUAAUGACUUUUUAUUUUAUAAAUUUUUUAUUUAUUUAUUUCUUAAGUUAGAGUUUCAAACUAUAUUUCAGAAUUUUGUAUUUAAUGCACACAUAACUUAA